AUGGAAAACUUUGCAACAGAACAGGCUGCUUCAGAUCUGAGCAAGGCUGGGAUAUUUCUAAAUCACGACGUCAAUGGAAUGGGCCAAGAAAGGAUGGGAACUUCAGUUAUGGCUGCUGUUUAUAAUGGAGGGAUCGUAUUUGGUGCUGAUACAAGAACUACAAUGGGUGUCUACAUUGCAUCGAGAAUUUCUGACAAAAUUGAGUGCCUCCAUGAAAAAAUCUUCUGUUUGCGUACCGGAGUUUCGGCUCAUACUCAAGCUUUGGCUAGAUAUAUAAGAUAUUAUCUGUCUCAGCAUGCAUUGAAUGAAGGGAAGCUUCCACUUGUCUUGACUGCUGCGAGACUAGCACAAGAGCUUUUAUUAUAUUUAAGAUAAUAAAAACUUGGUAAAAAGUAAGCUGAAAGUUAUAUAAAGUACUAUAUAAUGGUAAAUAAAUAAAAUGGUAACGUCAUCAAAUAGUUCUAUCCACGCCUCAAAGCUUAGGAUCUUGCUGCGACCUGAAGCCAAGCUGAGCCCAUGGAUCUUAGACAUUUGUGCUCUGCUAGAUUUUGUAUCCCUCUCUUAGCUAUGAAGAUUCUCAAUGGGCAUUUGGGAAAAAAGCUUUUUAUCCCUGGAGGCUAUCAAGGUUAGCUAGGGAGUUCAUCUCUAGCUGGAACUCUCAAUAACUAAGCAGCAGUCUUCAAGAUCUUAAACUUUGCACUCCAAGGUCAGAGAUAGAAACCAAGCAGAAUGCCAGAGCAAAGAUAUCUCUGGUGGUACCAGGGUGUUCACCCACAGCUGAAAAAGUCUUCUUCGAAGUUUUGCACGGGUGAGCCAUUAAGCAAGAAAACACUACCUAGUCUAACUAAAUAAUGGUAUAUAUCAGAAUAAAGCCUAUAUUGAAGGAUCUUUUAUUGUUGGAGGCUGGGAUCCUGUGAAUGGCUGUCAGCUUUACGAAGCAGCCAUGGGAGGAACUUUGGUUAAUCCUACUUACUUACUCCCCCUCCAUGAGCGAGCAAAAACCACUGGAAAAAUCCCUUUUUUUUGGUUAAAACCGUCUCCGUGAACGAUUGAAAUAAAUUUUUUUAAUAAAAAUUUUUUAUGAAAAAAAGACUAUUAAAUUUAUAUAAUGACCACCCUCCAUCAACGAACAAAUUUUUUUCUUUGCCCAUGGAAAAGGGGGAGUUAUUAUUUACAUUUAUAAUCAGAAUUCUGGUCAGCAUACCGAUCAGAACAAUUGAACUCAUUCUAGGAGUCAUCAGGUGACGUUGCUAUACUGUUCCUAUCCUCCCGUUUCCAAGGUCCUCUUCUCCGUUGCUGCCAGUGGCACGUGGACGACUCGUGCCGUUAGAGAUCAUAGGUGUGGGACUUGCUUGCCACUUGCUCAUCUCAGCCUUCACUUAUCUGCUCCAGCCGCUUUAUCUUAACCCUCAGCAGUAAUCAAACCCCUUUUAGCAGGACAAAACCCACCUGCAAGUAGCAAACUUUGGUUAAUCAGCCUAUUGCAUUGAUGGGGAGUGGGAGUACUUAUAUUUAUGGAUACGUUGACGCGAACUACAGACCAGAUAUGAAUCAACAGGAAUGCAAAGAUUUUAUUAAGAAAGGUCUAGCAUUGGCAAUGGCUAGGGAUGGAGGAUCUGGAGGAUGUGAAAGAUUGCUGAUAGUUACCCCUGAUUCUGUUACAAGAGAAUACGUCGCUCAAGAAGAGUUUCCUUAUAGCCUUAGAUAA